UUGCAGUCUCAACGGAACAAUCACUGAUAAAUUUUAAAAGGCUGCAGACCGAUACAAACCUGCGCUUCUAAAAUAAUUUAAACUAUUUUUUUUCUGUUAAAACGUAGGUUAUCGUUAUAUGGUUAAAAAAACCAUUUCAUAUCCUGAGCCGAGGUAUCGUCGAUAGUCUUUUCUGCAAGCAACCACGGACAGUUAACGUUAGCUAACACGUUACUGAACACAACGCCGGGAUGUUUAACCCACACCACCACCAACAGCACCAACAACAGCAACAGUUUCACCAUCAUCUGCGGCAGCUUCAGCAACUGUUCCAGCACCAGCCCCCGCCGCCUCCUCCACCACAACCCCAACCCCCUCCAUCGCACCAUGUUCCACAUCACCAUCAAAGAGGACGGGCCAUGGCUGGACCAGGCCCUGCUCCUCCUCCACCUCCCCAUAUGGUCAACCUGGCUGCCCAGGCCACCAUCAUUGCCCCCAACCCAAUGUUACAAGGGGCUCUAAUGAUGCAGCAGAUGCAAGGUAGCAUGCGUGGCUUUACAGCGAGCGGGCAGCAGUUCACCCAGUUCUUUGCUGCGGGGGCCCGGUCCUCUCUCCUGGGGCCUGUACCCAUGGGCAUGUCCAUGAAGAAUCCCCACAUGGGCUUCCCUGCCCGACACUACCAUCCCCACACCCGCUACUACAACAACAACAACAAUGACUAUGCUUCACGGUACCCGGAUAGAAAGAGGGAGCAGAGAGCCGGGGGGAGCACAGAUAACCAACCUGCAGCCAGCAGGACCCUGCCCAAUGACAAGACUCUCAAAGAUGGAGGAGUGGGAGGGCCAGGUGGACAGGCACGGCCCGCAGUGCAACCUGAGCCCAAGGAGCCAGCACUGAAGAAGCCGAGGACCGAGGGGGCAGAGGAGACUGUGGAGCAGCCUCCGGAGACAGAUGGGGUCCUAGGUGCAGCAGUGCAUCAAAGCCCACCAGAUGACAACCAGCUUGAAGACUGUUUCAUUCUGGAGGAUGGGAGCACGGCUGGUCCAGAUGCACUUGAGGAAAGCAGAGCAGCCAAGGUCCAGAGUGGUGUGUCGGCCAUGCCAGCCUCUGAGCAGCUGAGUGGUGAGCGCCAGGCAUUUACACCAGGCCUAAAGGACAUGGCAGAGGGCAAGGCUGCCUCAGGGGUAUUGGAAGGAGGGCAGGAAGAGGGCAAGGAGGGGGUUGAUGCUGCAAACAAGUUCUAUUGCUACAUCUGCACUAUCACCUGUCACAACCAGCAGGACUUCCAGAGUCACAUGAACAGCCUGGUCCACCAGCAGAGGAUGAUGGAGAUCCAACACAUGUCCAGUGCCUGUCUGGUCACCUUGAUGCCCCGCGUCCAGGAGUCACUGCAGGGAGGCUGCAGGGACAGCUCCUUCAGGGACGGAGAGAAGAGACCCGGCCUGCAGCGUUGGUGUGCCACCUGCCAAAUCCACUACACCAGUACAGUCAUGGACCACCGCAGGACCAGUGAGCACAAGCUCACCAGCCGCACCUCCAACCCCUCCUGUACUGUCUGCAAGAGGCACUUCAGGAGCGCACUCCUGUUCCUGGAGCACAUGCAGUCCCAGGAGCACAAGCAGAGAGUCGGCGAGCUUCGGGAGGAGGGAGGGCCAGCGGCCUUAGCUGAACUGGUUGCCAUGGACGAACAGGGCUGUUUUGUAGAUGACGGAGAUGAGGAGGGGGGGGAAGAGGACGAGGAAGAUGGUGACCGAAGCAGCUCCCAUGGAAAGGAGGGCUGGCCUACCCAGAUGGAGGUGGCUUUACUGGAGGACAUAGAUGAAGAUGAGGAAUAUGACCCUGACACGGUGUACGGUUCAAGCUUUGUGGUUCCCGUGGCUGGGUUCCUCUGUAGAAUCUGCCAGCACUUCUACCAUUUUGAGUCUUCAGCCCGCCACUCGCACUGCAAGUCACUCAAACACUUUGAGAACCUCAAGAAGUACAGGGCCUUGCGUAGCCAGAAGGAUGGGACAUUGGAACCUAGUCCCGUGGACGGGGAUGCAGAGUGUGACAGUAACCACAGCCUGCCUUCAGAGGUCCUCGGCAGCCCUGCCUUACUGUCGCCCACCACCGCGCUGAGGCCCUCUCAGCCCUGCCCUCAACCCCAGGACAACACUCCCUCAGCCUCAUCUUUAUCCCAGCAGCACCACGCCACUACCGGCACCCCUACCACCACCAGCACGAAGGGGACCCUGGGCCAAGCCACCCCAGAGCAGCAGAGCCUCGCUGGGCCUGAGGACAAGGAGGAAGAGCCAACCCUAGACCUAGGACCAGUCACAGAAGACACAGAGGAGGAGCCAGUCACAGGAGAGACUGAAGAGGAGGCAGCUGCCCAAGAGGAGAAGCUGGGCGACGUGAACGCGAAGGGGGGAUCCAAACGAAGGUCUGGGAGGACAACACAGAGACGUUGAGAGAGUGGAAGAAAAAGAUGAUAUCCAGUACAAUCGCUACCCUAGGACAGGGUCGGUUAGUUUGGGACAGGUUCCCCCACCUCCUUUUCUGUAUAGCUCAAUGGACCAAGAAAAGAACACCCUGGCAACUCAAAACCAGGGGUCCUCCUAGCAUACCUCGGUGUUUCAUUUUUUUUUUUUUUACAACACAACCACAACUAGAUACAGAUGUAUUUCUAACAGGCGUUCAGCUAAACCUGACCGAAGAGGAGAACCGUCGGGGGAACAACGAGUGGACGUUUUGUGUUUCUAUCAUAGUGUUAAGAGUCAAGUGAAAACACAGGUCAAGCUUAGUUCAACGACACGUUGUGUUCAAUCUAACUCCGUAACACAUUGUAGCCACGUUUAGGAAGGAAGUGGUGUUGUUUUAGUCCAGGCAUUUCCCAUAAAGCUAACAACAAUGCUUUGUCAAGCUUUUAGUGAGACUUAGAAUGUAGCGUUUUAGCAGUUGACUUUUAUCUGAAGAACAAAAAAAAUGUGGGGGGGGGGGGGGUCGACUAAACGUUUAAAAAGUAAACUGUACUUUUGUUUGAAUGUCGAGUAACGAUGACCCUUGAUUUGAUCCUAGCUUUGUUGAAGUGUUACUGUCCUUGACAUUUUUUUUUUUACACAAACUGAACUGUAAUGGAGAUUUCUUGGGAAGGCAGGCGAAAGGGAAGGCAGGCGAAAGGGAUAGGGAUAGGUUAGAGGUUCAAAGGAGAUAAGUCCCAACUGCUUUGUCUAUUCUGCUCAGAUACAGUGUGAGCUACUGUUUUCCCAUCAUCACUGUACUACUAAAGUCAUUCUGACUUGUUUAGCUCUUUAAUUCCAUGGUUGCUGAAACUCUGCCUAAAUCCCAAUGGUGUUGCGCCUAAGUUGCACAUGAACCUGCAAAAGGCUGAGCUAUUAGCUCAUAUGGCUUUGUCAAGACUGGGAGAAUUUUUUUUUUUUGGGUCAGUAGUGUUUCUGCAAUGUUAGGAAGCAGUACAUGCUUUUAGUGAGCGUUAGAAUGUAGCUUCUCUUACUGAAAGUCUCAUAAUGUUGUGAAAGUGCUGGAGUAGACAAAUCCUAAGACCAUAAACAGUUCCUUUAGAGUUGGCUGAGAAAAGGUUAUCUUUGCCAUAGUUUGUUCUCCACUGAGAACCAGUUUUAUGCAAAGGUAAGUGAUCACUUAUAUUUUUCCUCAGUUGUGAGCAUUAGGUCUACCUAUUGCCAGUUGAUAUGAUGGGUGGAUUUCCAAAGCCUGUCACCCCAUUUAAUAUUUACAAUUUCAAAUGUCCUGCAAUGUUGCAUUAACAUAGUUUACACAUCACAACACAAACGUGACACUAAAAGAGUUGAGUAGUUUUGUGCUUGUUUUCCCAACAUUUUAAAUUGCGUUGUUACUUCGUUCUUUUUUUCUCACCUACAUCUUGUACGCUCCAGUACACUUGACUAGUAGAGUCGUUUUCAUUGGAGUAGAAUUGUCCGUACAGGAAUUGCAUGGCAGUGUUGUCACCUUUCAACUGGGUAACCUAACAUCAAGGUUAUCAACACCAAUGAAGUGGAAUGAUAGGACUUUUGAGUUUUUCCUAACCAUGAGACAUGCCUGGGUGAAACUCGGGGCCCUAACUGGUCAGGAAAAACUCUUGGCCCCUGGCAUGGAGAAUUAAGUGUCAUUUCCCCAGUGAUAAUCAAUUAGUGAAGCAGAGUAGCAGUUUAAGAAACUGAUAACCAGCAGCUCUGAUUUUGAUGAGCACCAACAGAAGGAAUAGAAUGAUUCAUCUGCCUGUGAUCUCAAAUUAAAUAUGAUUUGUCACAUGCGCCGAAUACCAAGGGUGUCGACUUCACAGUGAAAUGCUCAUCAGCCCUUCCAAACAAUGCAGUUAAAAUAGUCCACAAGAAGAAUACAAUACACAAGAAUGGAGAUCUAUUCAUGGUCCAUCACAAGACAUGGAUAGGCAUUUGUCACAGAUCUACUGGUGAGGAGACUUCUCUAACUGAAUAUAGGAUGUUUAAGUUGUAGACAGAACUACACAAAACUAAAAAGUAAUGUAGCACUGCACAGAUAAGUCACCAAUCACAGCAGGUGGAAAUAGACACUUUAUUUUCUUCUUUCAAGGAAUCAAUCUUUUCCUUCCAGAUUGUACUUUAAGUGAAUGGCCAGUUUUAUUAGUUAACCUGCACAGAGGAAGAGCAGAUACAUAUUGGUUUUGAUGAAGGUAAGCGCAGUUGUCUGCAAGAUUAUCUGGUUCCGGUCCCACUGAAAUAUUACAGGACCAGAGCGUGAUGAAAAUGGUCAUUUAAGAGACAUUUCAAAGCUGUAUGUUUCUUAAUGGAUUUUUAUUCAACAAAUGACAAACUCAGAUGAACAAAAUAGUUGUUUUCUAGCAGCUAGAAGUUUCUUGUAUUUUUUGGGGGAUGUUUUCUGUAUUGGGUUCCUUUUAAUUUAUAAAUAAAAUAUGACUAUUGCCUCA